AUGUCAUCUUUUGGGCUCGCAAAGGUGGUGCAACUUAAGAAUAAUACGGAAGAUAUUCCUACUGGAAGAAGUAAUGUCGAACUUUCAAGACCUCAUUCUAUACAGUUGGAUGAUGAAGUAUUAAGGAAGAAAGCUGAAAUGAUGGUGAAAGGUCGGAAAGCAAAGAAGCUGAAACGUCAGGCUAAUAGUGAAGCUACAGCCGCAGCUCUUAAGGUUCGACGCUGUGAUAUUGUUAACGUGGAAGUUACAGAUUCCGAAAUAGACGAUGCAGUGAAGGAACUAUCGAAGCAUGACAAUACCCAUAAGGAAGGAGAUAUUUGGUUUCUUCCAUUGUAUGAUACACGUGAAGAAGCAUAUGAAGAAAUGGAAGGACCACCGCUUCCUGAAAGUUCGGUUUUCCGAAUUCGGCUAAACACAUUUCGUGAUUUGUGGCGUAGAGGUUACUAUUUAACGUGUGGUUUGAAGUUCGGAUGUGAUUAUCUUGCUUAUGAAUCUGUUCCUGGUGAGGAUCAUUCGAAGUGGUUAGUGAAAUGCGUGGAUUCACAAGAUACUUUAUCUUUCUUAGAUCUUAUUGCUCUCUCAAGGCUUUCUUCUCAAGUGAAGAAACAUGUUUUACUAGCUAUUGUUUCACCUGAUACUUUGUCACCUUACUAUAUUGAAUAUUCCUGGUGGAAACCUCAGCGAUCUCAGAACAUAUAA